AUGAACCUGCUGUACCUCCUCAUCCUGCUGGCUGUGUACACACCUGCACAUGGCACCUGGGACAACUGCAGAGGGACCUGUGGGCAGCGGCCCAUGGCUUCUGACUACAACUCCAUAGCUGCUGACUACAGAAUCAUGGCUGGCGCAGGUGCCCUGCCGGGAGCCUGGCCCUGGAUUGUCAGCAUCCAGGACCCCAGGAAAAUAGGCACUGGCCAUACGUGUGGAGGGUCCCUCAUCAGCCCACAGUGGGUCCUCACAGCAGCCCACUGCUUCCACCAGGCCAGGAACGUCACCAUGUGGCGUGUGCUGAUCGGGGCCACCCAGCUGACCCAUCUGGGCCCCGAGGCCCAGGUGCGCCACGUCAAGCGGCUGCUGGCCCACCAGGAGUACACGGCUGACUCCCAGCAGAAUGACAUUGCCCUGCUGGAGCUGGACGAGCCCGUGGAGUGCAGUGACUACGUGCAGCUUGCCUGCGUGCCCAACGCCUCGCUCACGGUGUCAGAGCUGAAAACCUGCUACAUUGCUGGCUGGGGUUCUGCCAGUGCAAAAGCUCAGGGUCUGAGUGAUGUCCUGCAGGAAGCCAAGGUCCGUCUCCUGGACAUCCGGCUGGUGAACAACAGCCGCUGGUACGCCGGGGCCAUCCACACCCACAACCUGUGUGCUGGCUACCCACGGGGUGCCAUGGACACCUGCCAGGGUGACAGUGGAGGGCCUCUGGUGUGCAAAGAUAACCGUGCAGGCUACUUCUGGCUUGUUGGAGUGACCAGCUGGGGAAAAGGCUGUGCCAGAACAAAACGGCCAGGAGUCUACACCUCCACUCAGUACUUCUACAACUGGAUCCUGAUCCAGAUGGGCGUGUGCCCAAGUUGGUAG